CCGGAAGUGGCCUCCGCGGGUGGCGGCGACAUGGCGUCGGGAGGCUCCCCUGUGGACCGGCUGCCUCCGCCUUUCCCCGCGGCGGAGCCUGCGGGCGCCCCGGAGGCGGGCAGCGACUCGGACGGGGAGGACAUUUUCACCGGCAGCUCCAGCAAGCCAAUGUCACCUAAGAAAGAGUCGCCUGUACCAGUAAGAACUACCUCCACAGAAAAUGGUGUUCAGGAGGAACAGGAUGAUCAGGACCUAUUUGCAGAUGCCACUGUAGAAUUGUCUCUUGAUAGCACACAAAACAACCAGAAGAAAGAGAUGGCUACUGUGAUCGGCCCUGUCCCUUCUUUAGAGAAAACAGCAAAUUUGCCUUCUAAGCCACAGUCAAAAACCUAUGAGGAGUUGGAAGAAGAGGAACAGGAAGACAAAUUUGAACUUUCAGUGGAAGUGAGUGAUCCUGAGAAAAUUGGAGAUGGUAUGAAUGCCUAUGUGGCCUACAAGGUGUCGACACAGACCACUUUGCCAAUGUUCAGGAAUAAGCAGUUCUCUGUGAAGAGGAGAUUCAGCGACUUCCUGGGCUUGUAUGAGAAGCUAUCAGAGAAGCAUGCACAAAAUGGAUUCAUCGUCCCCCCACCUCCUGAGAAGAGUUUGAUAGGAAUGACCAAAGUAAAAGUUGGGAAAGAAGAUUCUUCGUCCACAGAAUUCCUAGAAAAACGUCGAGCUGCCUUAGAAAGGUAUCUUCAAAGAACGGUCAACCAUCCAACCAUGCUGCAGGACCCAGAUGUCAGGGAAUUCUUGGAAAAAGAUGAGUUGCCACGAGCAGUUGGCACUCAGACCCUGAGUGGAGCUGGACUUCUGAAGAUGUUCAACAGAGCUACUGAUGCCGUCAGCAAAAUGACCAUCAAGAUGAAUGAGUCGGACAUUUGGUUUGAAGAGAAGCUUCAGGAGGUGGAAUGUGAGGAGCAGCGCCUGCGGAAGCUACAUGCUGUUGUAGAACUGCUAGUUAAUCACAGGAAAGAACUGUCACUGAAUACGGGUCAGUUUGCCAAGAGUUUAGCCAUGCUGGGGAGUUCAGAGGACAACACCGCCAUGUCCCGGGCGCUCUCCCAGCUGGCUGAGGUGGAAGAGAAGAUUGAACAGCUGCACCAAGAACAGGCAAACAGUGACUUCUUCCUCCUGGCUGAGCUCCUGAGUGACUACAUUCGCCUUCUUUCUGUUGUGAGGGGUGCCUUUGACCAGCGGAUGAAGACCUGGCAACGCUGGCAGGAUGCCCAGAUCAUGCUGCAGAAGAAACGAGAAACAGAGGCUCGGCUGCUGUGGGCCAACAAACCCGACAAGCUUCAGCAAGCCAAAGAGGAGAUCUCAGAGUGGGAAUCUCGUGUGACGCAGUAUGAGCGAGACUUUGAACGAAUAUCUGCAGUUCUCCGGAAGGAGGUGUUGCGGUUUGAGAAAGAGAAAACAAAAGAUUUCAAAACUCAUGUGACCAAAUACCUGGAGACGCUGUUACAUUCGCAGCAGCAGUUUGUGAAGUACUGGGAUGCAUUCUUACCAGAGGCAAAGGCCAUCUCCUAACCAGGCCAAGCAACCUGGACUGAUUCUGCCUUUACUACAUUAUACCUCUUGGCCUUUCAGAUGGAUCCUGCAGAGCUGAUAAGACUCCACAAGCAAAGCAGCAGUUUCCCCAGCUAGUAACUCUUCUUCUAACUGUAUAUUUUUUCAUUUAGGUUCAUAUAUAUAUACACACACACACAAACACACAUAUAUAUAUUUUCCUAUUGAAGAGACUAGUCCCCUGCUUAACAAGCCAAGACCCGCUGUAGGGAGCGGAGAAUGGGCAGGGGUUAUUGUGUAUUUUUUGGACUUUGGUAUUGGGCCCAGGAAUGCUUCCUGCGACUCCUGUGGUGCCAUGACGACUAUGUAAUAAAACUUAAAAUCAAGGCUAA